AGCCGGAUCUCUGCCGCACUCCUUGUCCUGGGAAGAGGGGUUCUCUCGCCCAGUGCCAGACCCCCUGCAUCUCAGCUGGGAGCGCAGGACGCAAGCUCUAGAAGGGGACAAACGCAAGUGGCCUUGGCCAAGCCGGGUCGUGGCACUACCUCCUCUUUUGGUCACACCCCAGGGGUCCUUGCACCUGAAGUUCCUUCCGGACCCACCUCCUUUCAUCUAUCCUUUCGUGUGAACUGCAAUGGGCUCCAUUGGAAGCCAGCGCCUCAAGGAGCCCUGUGUGGCAGCCACAUCUGGCCAGAGUGUGGUGACAAGUUUCAGCUUUGACAACUUCCAGCUGGAGACAACAGCAGAGGGUGCUCAGGAUCCAAGUAUCAGAGUCAGGGGUGUCCCUACUUUCACAGACUCUGCGAUAGAGGAGCCUGUGCCAGAUGACCGCUACCAUGCCAUCUACUUUGCCAUGCUGCUGGCUGGCGUGGGCUUCCUACUGCCAUACAACAGCUUUAUCACUGAUGUGGACUAUCUUCACCACAAGUACCCAGGGACCUCCAUUGUGUUCGACAUGAGCCUCACCUAUAUCUUGGUGGCAUUGGCGGCUGUGCUUCUAAACAACGUUGUGGUGGAGAGGUUGAACCUGCACACUAGGAUCACCACAGGCUACCUCCUCGCCUUGGGUCCCUUGCUCUUUAUCAGCAUAUGUGAUGUGUGGCUUCAGCUCUUCUCUCACGACCAGGCUUACGCCAUCAACCUGGCCGCUGUGGGUACUGUGGCCUUUGGAUGCACAGUGCAGCAAUCUAGCUUCUAUGGCUACACAGGAUUACUGCCCAAGAGGUACACGCAGGGGGUGAUGACUGGAGAGAGCACCGCAGGGGUGAUGAUCUCUCUGAGCCGGAUCCUCACUAAACUGCUGCUCCCAGAUGAGCGGGCCAGCACCAUCAUCUUCUUCCUGGUCUCCGCGGGCCUGGAGCUGCUGUGCUUCCUGUUGCACCUGCUGGUGCGGCGCAGCCGAUUUGUACUCUACUACACCACACGGCCCCGCGACAGCCGCCCCAUCCGGGCAGGUUACCGAGUGCACCACGAUGUUGCAUCAGGAGACAUCCACUUUGAGCACCAAACUCCAUCCCUGUCCAGCAGCAGGUCCCCGAAGGACAGCCCAGCCCAUGAGAUGGCCCACAGCAACAGUGGGGCCUACAUGCGUUUUGAUGUGCCUCAGCCACGAGUCAAACGAAACUGGCCCACCUUCAGAGCCCUGCUGUUGCACCGGUACGUUGUGGCGCGGGUCAUCUGGGCCGACAUGCUGUCCAUUGCGGUAACCUACUUCAUUACACUGUGCCUGUUUCCUGGCCUGGAGUCCGAGAUCCGCCACUGCGUGCUGGGCGAGUGGCUGCCCAUCCUGGUCAUGGCUGUGUUCAACCUGUCAGACUUUGUGGGCAAGAUCCUGGCGGCCUUACCCGUGGACUGGCGGGGCACUCAUCUGCUGGCCUGUUCUUGCCUUCGUGUGGUCUUCAUCCCCCUCUUCAUCCUGUGUGUCUACCCCAGUGGCAUGCCUGCCCUCCGCCACCCUGCCUGGCCCUGUGUCUUCUCGCUGCUAAUGGGCAUCAGCAAUGGCUACUUUGGCAGUGUGCCCAUGAUCUUGGCAGCCGGUAAAGUGAGCCCCAAGCAGCGGGAACUGGCAGGAAACACCAUGACUGUGUCCUAUAUGUCGGGGCUGACCCUGGGCUCUGCUGUUGCCUACUGCACCUACAGCCUCACCCGUGAUGCCCACAGCAGCUGCUUCCAAACAGCCACCGCCAAUGACUCCAUCCCCGUCGGCCCCUGAGCCAGACCCACCUGACCCUGCCCACUGCCCAGGGAGGGCUGCUCAGGCCAGCCACCCCAAGGCCUGAGGACCCUCCCCACCCUUGCCUCAGUGCCUGCGGGGUCCUGGCCGCCUCCUAAGCCACUAAAGCCACCUCACCACUUCGUUCCAGCUGUCCACUGCAGUUGGAACAUGUCUUCACCACCCUGGACACCGCCUACCCAUGUGUUCUGUGUUUGGUCAGACACCUGCCUUUCAUCCUCUAUGUCCAGAGGCGCAACAUUUGUCCUGUCAGCAUGAUGGGGUUAUUCAGACUCAAAGCCAUCCAGAAUGGCUGACCACAAGUCUGAGUGACUCCCUUCCCUGUGACCCCACUGUGGGGUCUGCUGCAAAGGUCCCAUGGUCUUCAAUGUCGUUUUCACUUAUUGGGUAGGUGGUACAUCCUCAUGAGUGUUAGAAAUCUUGAAGGAAAGGGACAGUCCCUGGUCCCAUUUUCUCCCCUUCUUAGACACUUCACACACACACACACACACACACACACACACAGAGAGAGAGAGAGAGAGAGAGAGAGAGAGAGAGAGAGAGAGAGAGAGAGAGAGAGAGAGAGAGAGAGCAUUAAGUGUGGAAAACUCAUUCCUGGGUCUACACAGGCUUCCCGUAGUCAUAGCUGCAGAGCUGACCUGGGUGUACCCACCUGAGGUGGAGGACUUCGCCCACGCAACCCCCUAGAGCACAGGCUAAGGGUCAUGCUUAACAGGGAGGUCCUCCCAUUUCCUCCCCAGCGCCACUCAACCUAUCCAUAAUGCAGGGACAGCCAAGAUCCACUCUUGACCUAGGCCACCCCGCCCCUGUCCAUUGAGAAUCAAGUAGUAACAUGACCCACUUGAAACCCUGGCAAAUGGCAGUGAGCUGGGGAGUGGGGUCACUGGGUGGUGGGGUUGGCUGUGGGGCCUCUGGCCAAAGAUGGCUUUUGCUGAGCCAGGACACUUGCCUCUCUGCACACUCUGGCCCCAGCUGUGACCACCCUGUACCAACCCCUGCUGUGUCCCAUCUACCUAUGUGUCCUCUGACUACCGCACUGGCCAUUAAAGAUGGCAGAGACUGCC